GCUAACGUUCUUGUCUAUAAAGCUGUUUGAAAAAAAAAGUCUUCCACACUUCCUGCGUAGUCACGUGUGCCAAGUAAACAGUCUGCCAUCAAACGUGUCCUCCCGUGAGUGUACGUCCUCUGGAGUAGCGGGUCCUGAGCUGACCACCCCCCAGUGACGGUUCCCUGUAUGGUGGUGCCCCAGGAAGCGGGCGAUGCUGCGGCGGCCACGGAGCUGGAGGAGGACGAUGACGAAGAGCCGCUGUUCCUGAUGACGAGCUCGGUGAUGAUACCGCUAAUGAGCCAAGCGGUGACUGUAGAACAGAAUGUACUGCAGACCUUCUUCUCCCACCUUGGUCACUUCUCCUAUGACAAGGCCAAGGACAAUGUGGAGAAGGAGAAAGAAGCUAACAAGAACGCCGGGGCGUCUUGGUCAUCCAUGCUUGCAGCCCUGGCACACUUGGCUGCUGCUGAGAAGGCUUAUCACAGCAUGAGCUUCCUGGGACAGAAGCCGGGUGGUCAGUCCUUCUUCAGCAGAAAAGAUUCAAUCAGGACAAAUUACACCUCCCUAUACAAUGAACUGAAAAAAGUGGGGACAACAGGAAGAAAUGCUAUUGGCGGGACAGCACCUCACUUGGAAGAACUGCUCUCCCAUCUGUCAGAGCAGUUGUGCUUUUUUGUUCAGGCUCGCAUGGAAAUUGCGGAUUUCUAUGAAAAGAUGUACUCUCUGAGCAGUCAGAAAUUCAUCAAUGCUGAGGAGCUGGUCAACAUUUUGGAAGUCAUUUUAAAGAAGUACAGUUCCAGGUUUCAUCAUCCUCUUUUGUCUCCUCUAGAAAGUGGAUUCCAGCUUGAAGUUGAUGUCCUUGCACACCUUUUAAAAGCACAGAGCUUGGUAUUUGAGUGGAAGUUUCUCUUGUCCCUUGUAAACUUGCACAAUGCCCAUACUAAACUACAGACUUGGGGUCAAAUAUUUGAGAAGCAAAAAGAGACCAAGAAACAUUUAUUUGGAGGACAGUCCCAAAAAGCGGUGCAGCCUCCACAUCUUUUCCUGUGGCUCAUGAAGUUUAAAAAUAAUCUGCUCGCCAAGUUUACUUUUUAUUUCCAUGAAGCUUUAAGCCGGCAGACCUCAGAAAUGAAGACCUUGACUGCUAAAACCAAUCCAGACUACUUUGGGAAAAUCUCCAGCUUCAUAAGAAAAUAUGAUGCGGUCAAUGUGUCCUUAAUUUUUGACAAUAGAGGUUCAGAAAGCUUUCAAGGUCAUGGCUACCACCAUCCAGAUUCUUAUAGAGAAGCCCCUAAAGGUGUGGACCAAUAUCCUGCAGUGGUUUCAUUGCCUACUGACAGACCUGUUAUGCACUGGCCUAAUGUUAUUAUGAUCAUGACUGACAAAACUGCAGAUCUUAACACUUUGGAGAAAGUCGUAUACUUUUACGAUGACAAAGUGCAAAGUACUUAUUUUCUGACACGCCCUGAGCCACAUUUUACCCUUAUUGUGAUUUUUGAGUCAAAAAAGUCAGAGAAAGACUCCCACUUCAUUUCCUUUCUCAAUGAACUCUCUCAUUCUCUCAAAAGUUCCAGAGUAUUUGCAAGUUUAAAGCCAGGCUCAAAAGGUUAAAUGGCUAGGUAAAGCUAUGUGACAUAGCCAAAUACACAAUUUGUUGUCUCUUCUCAGACAUCUUGUAGC